UAUGAAAGAAGAAAUGAGUGAUGAAGAUUGGGAACAAUAUAUCCGUGAACAGACAAAUUCAUCAUUUCAUACAUGCGGUACUGUUAAAAUGGCACCAGAGUCACAAGGAGGAUGUGUUAAUCAUCGACUUGAAGUUUAUGAAACCAAAAAUCUUCGAGUUGUCGAUGCUUCAAUUUUUCCAAUUAUUCCGAAUGGUAAUACUAAUGCUCCUACCACCAUGGUUGCAUGGAGAGCAAGCAGGGUAAUUGAAGAAGAUUACAGAAAUAAAAUUUAA